UCGGCGAUCGCGGCUAAAGCCGACGUCGCAUGCGCAGAUUCGAUUUCAGGUGCCGUGACGAAAGUGGCGCGGUAGACGCAUAUUGUGAAGAUAAAUGUAUAUUGUGAACAGUAAUGUGACAUAGUGUAUUUUAGUAAUGUGAAAAAGUUAAAAAGAUUAGUAGCAGAAUAGAAAAACAAGGAACAUAAAAAAGUAAAAGAUGUGAAUAAAGAGAAUAUACAGCAGAAAAAAAUAGUCCAGAUUGGAUACACAUUUGCAUUUUCUACAUGAAAGAUUGUUCCUUCUUUUCUACGUUUGACGUGAAGAUAAGCAGCGAGCAUACCGAGAACAAGAACAACAUUUAUAAAUCUUCAGCACAAGAUUAAGACUGUCGUUCUCCGAGAUGGCAGACGAAAAGGAAACACAGACGCUUUUGCAGAAGCUACUGUUUUACACAACCGCGUUCUUCAUCCUCCUCGGCACCUUCAGCUUCUUCGCUUUCCUCUUCUUGGUUCCGUUUGUUAUCGAUCCAGCCUUCACUACUAUUUUUAUGCAAUUUGACACUCGACCUGCAGAGUGCGUCACUAUCACCGUUGAAUCCAGAAGAGGUGUGAGCAAUUGCUCAUGGACAUCCUGUAGAGAAGGUUGCACUAGAGAGCUGUAUUAUUGUACGCAAAUACUCGUCAACUAUAAACUACCAGAUAACUCAUCCGAACAGUCAGAUGAGAAAGGCGGAUUAGAAGGAGGUGUCGAGGACGACGAAAAGAAUAAGCGGAUGUUGCACUACGAGCGUUCCUUCGAUGAACAUGUCGAGAAACUUGACAGAAAUUUUGCCGAAGAUAUGGACAACGGACUGCCGAAACCUUUGUCUACAGGUUUUUUAAUCAACGACUCUGACUGGUAUUUUACCGGUGCCAAGCUGUUUCCCAACGUAAAAGGCUGUGGAUACCCUCCAAAGCUGAAUUGCACUAUUUUCUUUGGAGAAUAUGGUAACAUAGGACAAAACUUUAGCUGUUACUAUUCGACAGUGGAUCCCGGGAUAGUCAUCACCGAACUCAACAUGUGGCAGGUCUCUAUCUUGUCCGUAUCCGACAUGACGUUAAUUGAAUUGCUUCGUAAUUUGAUGUGUAUCAUCUCGGAAACGGAUCUCUUGAAAAAGGAAGAUUCUGUGUCCAAGACUUUGACAACUGUAUUUGGGAGUAUCUUUGUUAGGAUGAUGAAAAAUUGGAUACCGAACAAUUAUAAAUUAAUCACGAUGACAACUAGAGUUAUUCCGUUAACCGACAGCCACAUCAACAACAGUUUUGAUUUGGUCUAUAAACUAGGCAACGUUGUGGUGCAGCCUAAUGACGUUCUUCUGUCUUUAGACGUGGUCUCAUUAUUUACGAACAUUCCGAUUGAUUUGGUCAUGCGAAGCAUCAAGAUUAGAUGA